AUGCCAAGUGUUACGAAAGUGAAGAGUUGCGGUCGGAAAAAGAUAUACUGGUUGGAGGCCACAGGAGAGUUGGUUUGUAGAGAACGUCUGCCGAAGUCAGUGGCUUUUGAUCAUAAUCAGGCCUAUGAGCUCUUGCCCAGAUCAAAAACGCUAAAACCUAUGAUGCGCUGCAAAGUGCGAUGUAUUGCAGAUGGAAUUAAAGUGAAAAAAGCAUCGACAUUCGGGGCUCAACCACCGAGAAAAUUCUACCCUUAUAAAGAUAUUCAAAGGUUCUACUCAUUCAAGGAUUUUCCAAAUUUUUUGAUUCUCGGAUGUCCAGAUUCUGAAACUCGGAAUCGUUACUACGAAAUUUUCAAGUUUGAUGAAGGCCAAGUUCAAGAGCUGUGUGAAAUUAUCGAUAGAGCGCACGCCCAUCCGCUCUGUCUGCUUGUGGACGACGACUCUUCGCUGGUUCGCUAUCAGUCUUCCCAAUCAAGUCUUGCUAGUGAUACGGAAAAGAGACCUGAACUGGCAACUCCUCAACAGGCGAUGCCUACAGUGACCAGCAGCCCCGGAACAGAAGACGACAGAGGACUAAGUGAAGAGGUUUUGAUGGAGGAAGAGCCACUGCUUGAAGCAGCAGCCAACGAUGUUUCAGAGUUUCAGAUGACAAUGAGCCCUGCAGAUGAGCUCACUGUAGAAGCCGUGGAAAAUGUGAAGAUGGAGAUUAACCAGGAAGUUUCUAUGGCAACCCCAGGUGAAGCGGAGACUAACGCUGAGGUGCACCAUCGAAGCCCGAUACCCAAACACCUACGUUCUGAUCCACUGUUUGAAAGCCUAUGCCAGAACGUAAAGGAGGAGGAUUUGUGGGCUGUUGAUAUGAAGUAUGUCGACAACCAUCCUCAGUAUGGAAACCAAAUCGUACCAAAUGGAGCUGUCUACCUGUUCGUAGCCCAUCACAAAUACCCAGAACUUCUCAUUCAACCGACAGGAAAUAUGUUAAACAAUCACGUUCCUUCUGACGAAGAUGACGGCCUGAAUACGGCAGAACUGGAAUUUACAACCAAAUUCUUAAAACGCCCGACAGCUAGUGGG